AUUAUGGCUAUUGUAGUCCACAUGGAUACAAUUCAUCGCACAAUGUGGGGCCCUUUCAGGAAGAUUGUUAUAAUGGAUGCUAGGGGGUCUUUACAUAUCAUUAAAGUUUGGGGUGACCUACUAAACAAAAAUGCACUCCGCUGGGCGUUGGCUAAGGAGGAUUAUGGCAUAAUAAUUGGGACUAUGUUUAGGCGGUUCAGAAGACAAGAGUUCCUCGAGUCUUCGGAUCAUACCGCAAUACACUUCAAUCCGUUCCAUCACAACACCCACUAUUUUGGACCAAUUCAAAAAGCUUUGGUGGCGCGGAACAACCGUCAGUUUGCUGUUACAUUUCUUGAAGAGCAAAGGCGUAGAUAGAUUCUACAACUUCAC